AUGACUGCCCCUACCCCCAUUGAGGUCGAGGAGGUCCAAGCCCACAUGGCCCAAUACAAGGACGAGAAAUACAUUGACGGAUGGGCAUCUGUCUGGCAAAAGGAUGGCAAGCUGCCUUGGGACCAGGGAUUCCCCAACCCAGCGCUGGAAGACUUACUGGUCCAACGACGCUCCACCCUUGGCGGGCCAAUGGCUCAGGAUGCACAAGGCCAGUCAUACAGACGCAAGGUCCUAGUUCCUGGCUGUGGAAGAGGUACUGAUGUGCUCCUCUUGGCUAGUUUUGGGUUUGAUGCCUAUGGCCUAGACUACAGCCCAAUUGCUCUUGAGCUGUGCAAGAAGGAAGAGGCUGAGAACAACAGCUGGUACCGUGUUCGAGACCAGACGAUUGGACGGGGGAAAGUCACAUUUGUGCAAGGUGACUUUUUUGAUGAUGCCUGGUUAAAAUCCAUUGGGGUACCACUUAAUGGAUUUGAUGUGGUCUAUGAUUACACAUUCUUUUGUGCCUUGAGUCCGGAACUUCGCCCCAAGUGGGCGCUCCGCCACACACAGCUUCUAGCUGCCUCUCCCAAGGGUAACUUGAUUUGUCUCGAGUUUCCCCGCCACAAGGAUCCUCUGUCCUCUGGACCGCCUUACCCCUUGUCCUCAGAGGUGUACAUGGAACACUUGAGCCACCCAGGCGAAGAUAUCCCCUACGAUGCCAAGGGUCUGAUCAAGCAUGACCCGCUGCGGGCACCAAGCAAAUCUGGUCUCGAGAGAGUGGCUUACUGGCAGCCAGAGCGAACCCAUGAAUUUGGACAGGGCGAUAAUGGGGUUAUUCAUGAUAGGGUUUCUAUCUGGCGCCGACGUGAUUAG